GUCCCCGAGGGGCACACCGAAAGGGACUGGCAGUAUUCUAGAAAAUUAGCAUUCGGGCCCGUCCGACCCCAUCAGCGGCGCUAGGUCCAUGGCCCUCUCAUUCCGGCGAAGAUUUGGCCAGGAGAGGGCUGGCCUGUGCCGCCGCUAGUCCCCGCGGGGGGUCGGGUCGACCAUGGUUCUCCCGGAUUUGAUGAUUUCGAAUCCCUCGUCUACCGAAGCCCUCCCUUUGACUCCCUAAACAGCAUAUCUCGAGCCGACGAGCGCCGCGGCAUUCCAGUUCCGGCCAAGGCUCGCCGCCCGCGCUAGUUACGAGGGGUUGUGAGACCCGCGAUAAUGGGCCAGCCUCCUGAAUGAUGUCGCCUGUCCUGGUGUUUUUGUAAGUAUAUAUAGGGCGGACCGGAUCUGCAUCUGAGACCAGUGUGAUGCCAGAGUCCCCAGCCUCAGCCACUCGCACACACUGGUCUCCUCGCUUCGACAACCUCAACCCACCACACCCAGAAGCAGCAAGCUCCCCCGACGCCCAACAUGUAUUUCAACAUCGGCAGCGCCCUCACCGUCACCCUGGCCCUGUGCUCGGGCGUCGUGUCGGCCCUCACGGCGGACCAGCAGGCAGCGCUGGACCUGCACAACAAGGGCCGCAAUGACCUCAACUACCCGACGCUCUCGUGGGACUCGGGCCUGCAGUCCAAGGCGCAGGCGUGGGCCAACACGCUCGCCCAGCGAGGCAAGCUCGAGCACGCCGGCGUCGGCGGCGAGAACCUUUACUGGAUCUCGGCCGGCGGCAGCCUCAAGGGUGCCACCCAGUCGUGGAUGAACGAGAAGAGCAAGUACAAGGGCGAGAAGAUCCCCGAGGGGAACUUUGCCGGCUACGGCCACUACACCCAGUGCAUGUGGAAGACGACCAAGAAGGUCGGAAUGGCCUCUGCGCGAGACUCCAAGGGCGGGCUCUACGUGGUGGCCCGUUACGACCCUGCUGGCAACAUCCGUGGCCAGAAGCUUUGAUCCUACAAUGACAUGGGGAGAGUUUGAGAAGACUCUAGGGAACUGCGAAUCUUGUAUAGAACCCUGCGCUUGGGCCGCGGCCCUGCCUUUGGAGGACCUUUAUCUUCAGUGUAAAUAUUCGAUCUUGUCAAACCUGUAUUUAAAAUGAUAGCAUUUUUGCCACACAUCUUGCUCCGCCGAGCACGUGGUUCCGCGAGUGUUUCGGGGGUUUUCCAUUGGGCGUCCUCUCUC